AUGUAUCAACAGAACAUACUAUUCGGUGGUGCCACCAAUCAAAAUGGCAGUGCUAACCAACAGGUGCAUGGUGGUGCACCCAUCAUCAACCCUUAUAAUUUACAAGAUGGUCAACAACAUACCCAUCAACUACAUCAACAUCAACAACAACAGCAACAACAACAUAAUAUUCAACUUUUUCAAUUCCAACAACAACAGCAGCAGCAGCAACAGCAGCAACAACGAGUUGGUGGACAUAUUCCAAUUACACAUCAGCAGCAGCAACAACAGCCAACAUCAUGGUUACCAAGCGAUAGUAUAAGCAUCCAACUACAACUCCAACUCCAAUGA